GCAGUUGCUCUUUGGAAUUCGAUGGGAGCGGUUGCUGAAUCGUCGAUAUAGGCAGCAUUAAGUGUACCCCCCCCCCACUUCGUGAGCAAAGAGAAAAAGAAGAAGAAACGGAAAGAAGUUGAAGACGUAGAGAAGGGAAAAAUCUCUUUUAUUUUUUCCUUUUAGUUGGACAUUUUUUUCAUAUUCUUACCAUCAUUUAAUUUCACGAAUGAGAUAGACUUUGUGCGGAGGCGGACAACACUAAGGUAGACUCCAGAAGUGAGAUUUUAUGUGAAGGAGAUUAAUACCUGGUGAAGAGUGUGUGCAAUUCAGGUGUGGAAAAAUUUUCUCUUUGCCAGUGUUUAAAUCUUCCAUCAGAGGCGGAAAAGGAUUAUAAUAUAUUGACCAAAUUUGCAAUUAGACGCAUUUUCUCAGGCAUUCCUCUUGAGAAAUACACCCAAUGGUGUAAAACUAAAAAUUGUGGAUUUUUCGCAUCUAUCUUCUUUGCACAAGAGUGUGUGAAAAGUGGAUGGAAAAGAGGUGGUGAAGUGUAGUUUAAGAGAGAGAAGCAAUUUUUUGCUCCGCAGAUCACAGAGAAUCCUCGUGAUCACCUGCUUGAGUGGGUGCUGUGGGGGAGAAAGGUGAAAAGCAUUGAUUAGGUGUUCCCUCCCCUCUUGAAAAAAAAAAUCAUCUUAAAAAGUGGUGCAAAUUCAUCAAAUUGAGUGUGAAUACACAAGAAGAUCCCAGUGAAUAGUGUGUGCGGUUGUUCUAACUAAAGAGAUAUAAAGAAAUCAUAUAACUACAUAAGUGAACGUAUAUAGCAUUUUAUUUUCAUUACUUGGCACUAGAAGUGUUAAAAGAAUUCAUCUCUAAAAUAAUCUUAGUGAAGGAGUUGUGUGAGAAGAGAAAGGAAUUAAGUGAAUUGAGUGGAUAAGUGAUGUUACCGGCGAUUAACCAUUUGGAUUACUCAAUUUGUUCCUGAUUUGCCACGCACUCUUAAUACACACGCCCUCGACGGUUUGUCCCCAGAGCUGAUUGACGGAAUGGAGGAGACGUCAUUGAAGCGAAUAUCGCGAUGGAAAUGGAGAAAAUUGCUUCACACGGCGGCUUUUGUCAAUUGGACAGCUGUAGUUCUACUGCUGUUUUUUGGCAGUAUUCAAGGACAAUAUGUAUCCACAGAAACUGCACCAGGACAAACAGGUGUGCCAGAAGUGCCAUGUCCAACAGGAAUGUUUCGAUGUUCCGAGGGCAAAUGUAUACCAUCGCUGUGGGUGUGUAACUAUCAAAAAGACUGUGAAAAGGGGGAGGAUGAAUUUCAAUCGUGUCCCCCACCUGAAUGUGAGCCGCAGCAGUUUAGCUGUAAUCAGUAUGUCUUCAACAAGACCUACUGCAUCCCGCCACAUUACAAAUGCGACAUGACCAUUGACUGUGUGGAUGGAUCUGAUGAAUCAGAUUGUCCAUAUCGGAAGUGUCUGCAGGACGAUAUUCACUGUGGGCCAGCGCCAGAGGGUCAACAGGCUACAGUGAGUGGGAGCCAUGUGACGGAUUUGUGUGUGCCAAAGGAGAAGAAGUGCGACGGAUACUUGGACUGCCGGAGUGGGCGGGACGAGGAAGGGUGUCCGGGGGUGUCGUGUCGAUUGGACCAAUUCCGAUGUGCCAAUGGGCAGCGGUGUCUCGAUCUUCAAUUAAAAUGUGAUCACAAAAAUGACUGUGGAGAUAAUUCCGAUGAACAAGGAUGCAGCUUUCCCCCAUGCCAUAGCGGGCAGUUCCGGUGCACAAAUGAGGUGUGCAUCCCAAGCAAAUUCCACUGUGAUGGCUACAAUGAUUGUUUCGACAAGAGUGAUGAGACGAAUUGCACAGUGAUUGCGUGUCCAGAUAACAAAUUCCUAUGCCCACAGGGUGGACCAGGUGGCACACCCAAAUGCAUCCCAAAGUCACAGCUGUGCGAUGGCAAGAGAAAUUGCGAGGAUGGGGCGGAUGAGGAAACAGCAUGCUCAACGGCAUCCUGUCCAGCACUUAAUUGUGAGCACAAGUGUGGGCCAUCGUUAACUGGUGGCACGUGCUACUGUCCACCAGGUCGGGCUCUCGCAGCAGACAAUCGCUCAUGCACGGAUCUCGAUGAGUGUGCUGAAUGGGGACACUGUGACCAACUAUGUGCCAACACAGAUGGAUCCUAUUCCUGCUCCUGCACCGUUGGCUAUACACUAACCGAGAGGAGUCGAUGCAUAGCACCAAAUGCCGCCAGUUUAGAGCUAAUUUUUGCCCACGAUCGUGCUGUGGUGAGAAUGUCCUCGCAUGGACAAGAGUCAAAGAACGUGGCGAAUGCAACUGGAGCGAGUGGGGUGGCAUUUCACUACACGCGAAACUUGCUCUUCUGGUCAGACAUUAAGACGCGAAAGGUUCAGUCACAGCCACUGAAUGACGGGGGUUUUGGUGGGUCAGACUUAACUCUACCAGGCACGUGGGCUCCCGUAGCGCUGGCUGUUGACUGGAUUGGGGACAAACUCUACGUAGCGGAUUUUGUGGGACAGAAAGUGGAUGUCUUUGAACUCGAUGGUCGAUGGCAUGCUGUUGUGUUGGGUUCAAAUUUAACCAGUCCCGCUGAUUUGGCUCUGGAUCCAAUGUCAGGAUUGAUGUUUGUUGCGGAUGGUGGACAAGUUCUGCGUGCUCACAUGGAUGGUACUCAUGCACGAUCAAUUGUCUCCGAGGCAGCAUACAAAGCUUCUGGAGUUGCGGUUGAUGUCUUCUCAAAGAGAGUCUUUUGGUGUGAUUCCCUUUUGGAUUACAUUGAAACAGUAGACUACGAUGGAGGGUACCGCGUGAUGAUUCUCCGUGGGCAGCAAGUUCCCAGUCCAUCGCGGUUGGCACUCUUCGAGAAUAGAGUCUUCUGGACGGAUGCCACAAAGCAGGGAAUCAUGUCGGUAGAUCGCUAUGAGGGCGGUUCCAGCAUUCAAGCCAUUUACAAAUCCAAAGAGAUCCGUGAACCGAAAGCCAUUGUGACUGUGCAUGCCCUCGCCCAGCCCAGAGUUUCCAGCCCUUGUGGGAAUAACAAUGGAGGAUGUGCGCAAAUGUGCAUUGUAACGGCAGUCAAAGGAGCUCCUACUGGUUUGGGAUAUCGUUGUGCAUGUCACACAGGAUGGCAAUUGGCGGGUGAUUUGAGGAAUUGUCAUCUCGUUCAGCAAUUCCUUAUGUACUCGCAGCAGAGAUUCAUCAAAGGUAAAGUUCUGGAUCCAGUGAUUGAGGGUUUCAGUGAUGCUAUCUUGCCCGUGGUCUCGCGGAGGGCUCGAUUUGUGGGGUUGGACUUUGAUGCAAGAGAUGAACACAUUUACUACUCAGAUGUGCUACAGGAUGUCAUCUACAGGGUGCACAGAAAUGGAACUGGCCGAGAAAUUGUGCUAGCUUCACAGAAUGAAGGUGUGGAAGGAUUGGGAGUUGAUUGGGCUUCCAAGAAUCUUUACUAUAUAGACAGUCGCAAAGGAACUCUCAAUGUCCUUUCAACUCGAAAUAUAACCCACCGCCGUACCCUAUUGAAGAAUCUCAAAAGACCCAGAGCUAUUGUAGUGCAUCCCAAUAAGGGAUACAUCUACUUUUCGGAAUGGGAUCGUCCAGCAAAUAUCACACGUGCCAAUGCUGAUGGAUCGGGACUGUUGGUAUUCAAAAAUGUGACCCUUGGCUGGCCGAAUGGUCUAUCGAUUGACUUUAAGAAAGAUCGAGUUUACUGGUGUGAUGCCUUGCUGGAUCACGUGCAACACGCCAAUCUCGAUGGAACGGACAUUAAGACAGUGAAUUCCAGGCUUAUCAGACAUCCCUUCUCAAUUGUUAUCCACGAUGAAUGGAUGUACAUCACCGAUUGGCGUCUUGAUGCCAUCGUGCGAAUGCACAAACUCACUGGGGAGCAAGAAGAAAUUAUGGUCAGGGAACCACAAACAAAUCGCCUGUAUGGUGUUAAAGUUUAUAGCCAUACAGUUCAGUCAAUUGAUUCAACACAACCAUGCGCCAUCAACAAUGGAGGAUGUGAAAAGCUCUGCUUUGCCGUACCUAAAAAUGACUCCACGGGUUUGCAAGUUAAAUGUGCCUGCCCGUAUGGAGAGAGAAUCAACACAGAUGACCGAACUUGCAUUGCUGAUCCAAAUGCUGAGCCUCCUGUCCAGGCAUGUCCUAAUUCGUGGGACUUCACCUGCAACAAUCAACGCUGCAUUCCCAAAUCAUGGCUCUGUGACGGCGAUGACGAUUGUCUGGAUAACAGUGACGAAGAACAAAAUUGCACAAAACCCACAUGUGGUACUAAUGAAUUUCAAUGCAAAUCCGGACGGUGUAUUCCCCUCAAUUUCCGAUGCGAUCAGGAGAACGAUUGUGGCGAUCACAGCGAUGAAGCAGACUGUGGCAAUGUCACGUGUGCAGCUUCACAAUUUGCAUGUGAAAAUGGAAGAUGCAUCCCAAGCAUUUGGAAAUGUGAUUCUGAAAAUGAUUGUGGUGAUGGCAGCGAUGAAGGAGAUUUCUGUGCUGAGAAAACUUGUGCCUACUUUCAGUUCACUUGUCCCCGAACAGGGCACUGUAUCCCACAGUCAUGGGUGUGUGACGGUGACGAUGAUUGUUUCGACAAGCAAGAUGAGAAGGAUUGUCCACCGAUCACGUGUUUGGCUAAUCAAUUCAAAUGUGCAGAUUUGCGGCAAUGCGUUGAAGAGUCCUACAAAUGUGAUGCAAUACCGGAUUGCAAUGAUGGAAGCGAUGAACUGGGAUGCCCAUCUGUGGGACCAAAUCAAUGCAAUAUGGAGAAACACUUCCAGUGCAGAUCCAGUGGAAUUUGUAUUCCUGCUUCAUGGCAUUGCGAUGGUUCCAAGGAUUGCGAUGAUCACUCUGACGAGGAAGACUGUGGAGCCAUUUCUUGCCCCAAUAACUUCUACAAGUGCAACAACUCACACUGUGUCUUCAAAGCCUACAUUUGCGAUGGGAAAGAUGACUGUGGCGAUGGAAGUGAUGAAAGUGCUGAACAUGCCUGUGUUGCACCUCCUUUCCGCUGUCCUACUGGCCAGUGGUUGUGUCCAGAAGUAACAGGACGAUGUGUUAACAUCUCUUCUGUGUGCGAUGGUGUUCCGGAUUGUCCAAAUGGUGCAGAUGAGGGGGAAGGUUGUGAUCUCGCAGAAUGCCAACAUCAAGGUGGGCUCUGUUCGAAUGGGUGUCAGAAAACUCCUCUGGGAGCAAUGUGUAUCUGUCCACCGGGAGAAGAACUCGCUCCUGAUGGUUUCACAUGUCAAGAUCUCGACGAAUGCAUUCCAGCAGGAUUGUGCUCCCAGAAAUGCACAAACACAAAAGGCAGCUACUUCUGCUCCUGCACAGAUGGGUACAUUCUUGAACCGAACAAGCACACGUGCAAAGCAGUAAACCACACAGCAGCAUUCCUCAUAAUUUCCAAUCGUCAUUCAAUCCUCGUGGCAGAUCUCAAGGAGCAAGGACUCGAGAGGGUGCCAAUCAUUGUGGAGAAUGUUGUGGCCACAGCAUCAAAUAUGCACACUGGAACAAUCUUCUGGAGUGACAUGAAACUAAAGAAGAUCUCAAGGCUAGAUCGUGGCAUGGAACCCCGAGAAAUUAUAUCAACUGGCUUAGAUCUCGUUGAGGGACUCGCAUACGAUUGGAUUGGAAAGAAUCUCUAUUGGUUGGACAGCAAACUCAAUACCAUUGAGGUUUCAUCGGAGAAUGGAUCUAACCGACUCGUCCUGGCUCGAGAAAAUAUCACUCAACCACGAGGAAUGUGUUUAGAUCCGAGUCCCGGAACUCGAUGGAUAUUCUGGACAGACUGGGGUGAGAAUCCAAGAAUUGAGCGAAUGGGUAUGGAUGGCACAAUGAGGGAAACAAUUAUUAAUACAAAAAUUUACUGGCCAAAUGGGCUGACGCUUGACAUUGCCACCCAGAGGGUUUAUUUUGCUGAUUCAAAGCUAGAUUUCAUUGAUUUCUGCUACUACAAUGGAAGCGGUAGGCAACAAGUCCUAGCGGGGAGUCACUAUCUCCUCCAUCCGCACUCACUAUCACUCUUCGAAGAUACGCUUUACUGGACAGAUCGGCAACUUAAUCGAGUUCUAUCAGCGCACAAGUUUAAGGGAAAUAAUCAAACUGUUGUGAGCCACUUGAUCUCACAGCCUCUCUCCAUUCACGUCCACCAUCCAUCACUGCAACCCAUUACAGACAAUCCUUGUGCAAGAGCUACCUGUGCGCACAUGUGCCUUCUAAGUCCGUCAUCCUCUACAGGAUUCACCUGCAAGUGCAAACCAGGGUAUCGCCUGGAGACAGAUGGACGGUGUAUUGAGGAGGAGAAUCCAUAUCUUAUGGUUCUCAAAGGAACACAGAUUGUUGAUGUUCCAAUUAAUGGAGGAGACGUCAGGGCAGGUGCCCUUGUUCCCGUUGUUGGUAUCGAAAGUGGUACAGGAAUUGACUUUGAUCGGAAAGGAGAGACCCUCUUCUGGGUGCAAGGACGCGAAGAUGACGAUGAGAAUUGCACAAUCUUCACAACACCAUAUGGCGGUGGGAAUAAAACAGAAUUCUUGGGAAUGGACUCUGGAAUUAUUGGAGCUCCCUAUGUUAUUGCCUUUGAUUGGUUGGGUAGGAAUCUCUAUAUUGGCAAUCGAAUGGCCAGCAAUUUUGAAGUGGUGAGAGUUGAUGGGAAGAUCCGACACAGGAGUGUUAUUCUCGCCAAUGAUGGGAACAAGACUUCCGUAUCGAAGCCCAAGAGUAUUGCCUUGGAUCCGACAGAUGGGAAACUAUUCUGGACAGAUGAAGGUGGCUUCGGAGUACCCGCAAAGAUUGGUAGAGUGAACAUGGAUGGGUCAAAUCCAAUGGUACUCCAUGAGGAUGUGGACAACCCCGAGUCUAUAACAGUAGACAUUGAGAGGAAGAUUGUGUAUUUCAGUACGACGCAUCCACCUUCAAUCAUGGCCAUGAGAACCGAUGGAACAAAUAGGCAAACUAUUCUUUCUGAGAAAGACGACAUAUCCCGACCAAAGUCCCUAGCAGUGCUAGAUUCCCGACUGUACUACCUUGAUCCUGUUUAUGAGAAGAUUAUGCGAGUAGACUUACCCAAUGGUGACAAUGCCAAAGUUAUUCUAGAAAAUGAAUCCGAUCUCAGGAGUAUGACAAUCUUCAAGAAGCGCUCAAUGCUUCUACAUCCUUGUCAAUCAAAUAAUGGCGGAUGCGAGCACAUCUGUGUACCCUACGAGAGUGGCUCUCGCGUGUGUGCCUGUGGUGUUGGAUAUCGAAAAGAAAAUGAAGUUAGUUGCACCCCGUACAAACAAUUUGCGGUUGUUGGGCAACUCGACAUUACGAGGGGUUUCAGUCUCAAAGACAGUACGGAAGCAAUGGUUCCAAUUGCUGGAAGUGGUCAUCACAUUCUCCAUGUGGAUGUUGUGUACCGAGAUUCUUGGAUCUAUUGGGCAGAGUACAAUCGUGGGCAUUGGAAUGGAAUAUUCAGAGUUCGUCCCAAUGGUACAGAGUUGCAGCACGUCAUUAAGGAUGGAAUCGGUAGCAAUGGUAUUCGAGGAUUGACAAUUGAUUGGGUAGCAGGCAAUUUGUACUUCACAAAUGUCUUCCCGCAUGAGAACUACGUGGAAGUUUGUUGGCUUGACGGUACAAAUCGUAGGGUUUUGGUUAAAACUACAACCGACGCUCCACGAGAGUUGGCUGUGAAUCCCAUUAAGAGACUCCUGUAUUGGAUUGACUACGGUCAGUAUCCACGUAUUGGGAAGUCCUACCUCGAUGGAAGCAACUGGACACCCGUUGUAACGUCGGGAAUAUCCAAUCCUCGUGAUCUUACGGUUGAUAUGCUUACUCAUGAUGUUUACUGGGUAGAUUCCAAGCUUGAUAUGAUUCAGAAGGUAUCCUACAGCGGAGGAAAUCGUCAGGUUAUUCGAAGGAAUUUACCCAACCCCAUGGGAAUUGCCGUACAUCUUAGUGAUGUCUACUGGGUUGAUCGAAACCUGAUGACUGUAUUCAGAGCUUCCAAACUACCAGGAAAUACCUCAUUGCCCGAGAAAGUACGAACAAAUCUACAGAAACUACGUGAUAUUGUAAUUUACGACGUAACCAAUCAACCUCCAGAUGAUAGUAAUCCUUGCUUGAGACUUGGCAAUGGUGGUUGUGAUCAACUUUGCUUCAGCUUCCCUCCAGAGAACUUUGGAAGCAAUCCAGGUGGCCGAUUAAACUUCCGUUGUGAAUGUGCAACCGGGAAAUUGAGUGCAGAUGGUAGAAAAUGCGAUCUUGUUAAGGAGUUCGUUGUAUUCUCUACUCGAACGGAAAUUCGGGGUAUUAAUUUGGAUCCUAGAUCAACAGGUGUUCCCUUCAAGACUUUGGGUAAUCUCACCAAUGUUGUAGGACUUGAUUUUGACUAUGCCGACAAUAAACUCUUCUUCACACAAAUUCGACCAUGGUCAAAGAUUGCUUCAACUGUUGCGGACAAUCCAACAGCAACGGAAGUUAAAACUAUCCUAAUGAAGGGAAUAAAUCCCGAAGGAAUAGCCUACGAUUGGACACAAAAGAAAAUCUACUGGACUGAUAGUUUGAACAAUUCAAUCUACGCCAUGAAUGUUGAUGGAUCGUCACUAGUGAUGAUUUCACGGGUAGAACGACCUCGAGCAAUUGUCCUUGAUCCCUGCAACGGUACUCUCUACUACACAGAUUGGGGAAGAUUUGGGACAUCGGGAAAGAUCUUUAGAACAACCAUGGCGGGAUCACUGAAGAAAGCAAUUGUCGACAAGGAACUAUCACAACCAAGUGGUUUGGCAAUUGACUACGACGAUCGCAUGCUGUACUGGACUGAUGCUGUACGUGAAAAGAUUGAGCGAUCGCAACUCGAUGGAAAGGGUCGAGAAGUCUUGGUGGCAGCCACAAUAUAUCCAUUUGCAAUAACAGUUCAUCGGAAUUACAUCUACUGGACGGAUCUUCAGCUGCGAGGUGUCUAUCGUGCUGAGAAGCAUACUGGGGCAAAUAUGUUUGAGAUGGUUAAACGUCUCGAGGAUUCCCCGAGAGACAUUCACAUCUACAGUGAAUCCCGACAAGAAUGUCAGGCAAAUCCUUGUCUCCAAAAUAACGGUGGGUGUGCCCAGAGUUGCCAUCCGGGACCAAAUGGUACAGCUGAGUGUAAAUGUGACGAUAAUUCCAAGUUGGUGAAUGAGGGCAGAAUGUGCGUACCUAAGAAUCAUACCUGCGAUCCUAGUAAAUUCUACUGUCGCAACGGGAAGUGUAUUUCGAGGAUGUGGGCAUGCGAUGGAGAUGACGAUUGCGGGGAUAAUAGUGAUGAAGAUACUAACUACUGUGCCUUCCAUUCGUGUUCACCUAAUGAGUUCCGCUGCAACAAUGGACGUUGUAUUUUCAAAUCGUGGAAAUGCGAUCAUGAGAACGAUUGCAAGGAUAACAGCGAUGAAGAGGGUUGCACAUAUCCACCCUGUGUCGAUGGUGAGUUUACCUGCCUCAAUGGGCGAUGCAUCCCACAGUCACAGGUGUGCAAUGGCAUUAAUGACUGCAAGGACAAUGGUACAUCAGAUGAAACUCACGAACGCUGUCCCAAGAACACAACUUGUCCGCCAAAUCAUCUCAAAUGCGAGAAGACCAACAUCUGCGUGGAACCCUAUUGGCUGUGUGAUGGUGACAAUGACUGCGGAGACAAUAGUGAUGAAGAUGCACUUCAUUGUGCCCAGAGAACAUGCCCACAGAAUAGUUUUAGGUGUCCCAAUCAUCGAUGCAUUCCAGCAACGUGGUAUUGCGAUGGGGAUGAUGAUUGCGGGGAUGGAGCUGACGAACCACCGGAGUACUGCAAAUCCGAAGGAAGAACCUGCUUUGGGGAUCUCUUCACAUGUGACAAUGGCAACUGUAUUCCCAGGAUUUACAUUUGCGACGGUGACAAUGAUUGCCUGGACAACAGUGAUGAGGAUAAUCGACAUCAAUGCAACGACCGAAAGUGCGAUGAAGAGACAGAAUUUACGUGUGAGGAGAAUAAAUCAUGGGGUAGGUCACAAUGUAUUCCCAAGAAGUGGAUUUGCGAUGGUGACCCCGACUGUGUGGAUGGUGCCGAUGAGAAUACAACCCUCCACAAUUGCCCCAAACCCCAACCAUGUGGUGAGGAUCAGUUUACGUGUGAGAAUGGUCGAUGCAUAAAUCGGGGAUGGCUCUGUGAUCACGAUAAUGAUUGCGGCGAUGGCACGGAUGAGGGGAAAUUCUGCAAUUCGCAGUACAAGACGUGCUCAACGAGUGAAUUUACAUGCCAAAACUUUAAAUGUGUGAGGAAUCAAUAUCGUUGCGACGGCGAGGACGAUUGCGGCGAUAAGUCCGAUGAGGUUGGAUGCACAAAGGAGAAUGUCACAUGCCCCGCUGGCCAAUUUACAUGCACCAAUGGUCAGUGCAUUGAUUACCAUUUGGUGUGCAACAAAGUGUCAGAUUGCUCCGACGACUCGGACGAGCCGCUGCACUGCAAUGUUGAUGAGUGCGCUAAAGUUGAGAUACAUCAGUGCGGUCAUAAGUGUGUGGAUACUCUCACGGGCUACUAUUGCGACUGCAACCAAGGCUACAAACUCCUUUCUGACGGAAAAGCUUGUACGGACAUCGAUGAGUGCAUCGAAACGCCGGGAGUUUGUUCUCAACACUGCUCAAAUACUCCCGGAGGGUACUACUGCAAAUGCGAUGAUCGGUACUAUGAACGCCAAGUUGAUGAGCACACGUGCAAGAGGAAGGAUAAAAUUGAGCCAUGGUUGAUCUUUACCAAUAAAUACUACGUACGCAAUAUGUCAGUCGAUGGACGCAGAUACAAUCUCCUGCAUCAAGAUCUAAUGAAUGUUGUUGCGCUUGAUUUUGAUUCUCGCGAUCAGUACAUGUACUUCUGCGAUGUUACGGCAAAGACAAUCUACCGUUCGCACUAUGGGGAUGACGAGAUGUAUGAGAAAGUUGAGAAGGAACCUGUAAUUAGGCAUGAUUCGCACGGAUUGGAAGGACUGGCUAUCGAUUGGGUGGGUAGGAAGCUCUACUGGCUCGAUAGGCACUCAAAGAAUCUCGAUGUUUCCGAAAUGGAUGGAACGAAGAGAAAGACCCUCCGGAGUGGAGUUGUAGAUCCCAGAGCAAUUGUUGUGCAUCCAGGAAUUGGUUAUUUGUACUUCACAUCGUGGCACCUACAGGCGUACAUUGCCAAAAUGGGAAUGGAUGGAUCGAAUUUCAGUCGAAUCCUCACAUGGGAGGAUGAUAUUGCCUGGCCAAAUGCCCUCACAAUUGACUACUUCACCGACAGAAUUUACUGGGCUGAUGCUCAUCUCGACUACAUUGCUUUUGCCGAUCUCGAAGGGCGUCACAGGCAUAUUGUAUUGUCGGGCAAUCAAGUUCCCCACGUUUUCGCUCUGACUCUCUUCGAUGAUUGGCUCUACUGGAGCGAUUGGAAUCUCAAGGCGAUCAGGCGUGCUAAUAAAUUCACAGGACAGAACCUUCAGACUAUCAGAAAUACAACCCAUAGGCCAUAUGAUCUCCACAUUAACCACCCACUGCGACAGAUUCCAUUCCCCAAUCCCUGUGGGGAAAACAAUGGUGGUUGUUCACAUCUGUGUCUCCUGUCACCUCCACCAGAGUCCACGUACCUCAACAUUGAGGGAUACAUUGAAGAGGGUGCACCGAGCUACAAAUGUGCUUGCCCCAAUCAAUUCUACCUGGCCAGGGAUACAAAGACGUGCAUUGCAAACUGCACAGCCGGCCAGCAUCGUUGUGGUGGUUCCGAUGAAAAGUGCAUCCCAUGGUUCUGGAAAUGUGACGGUGAGAAGGAUUGCAAAGAUGGUAGUGAUGAACCAGCUUCGUGUCCAGCUAGACAUUGUCGCGCAGGUACAUUCCAGUGCCGCAACACUAACUGCACACCUUCAGCCACAAUUUGUGACGGUACUGACGACUGUGGUGAUGGAAGUGACGAACAGAAUUGCGAUCUUCCCUGUCCCGAGUCCGACUUUAAAUGCCGAUCAAGUGGAAGAUGCAUUCUCGAGAGUUGGAAGUGUGACGGCGAUGCAGACUGCAAGGAUGGCAGUGAUGAAGAUCCAGCCAUUUGCCAUAAGCGAUCUUGCGAUCCAGAGACAGAGUUUAGUUGCAAAAAUGGACGAUGCAUCCCGAAAUUGUGGAUGUGUGACUUUGACAAUGAUUGCGGCGAUGAUUCCGAUGAGCCAGCCUAUAUGUGCCGUCAAAGGAAUUGCACAACAGGAUGGCAGAGGUGUCCUGGUCAAUCCAACUACCGCUGCAUCCCGAAAUGGUUGUUCUGCGAUGGGAAGGAUGACUGUAGGGAUAAUAGUGAUGAAAUGCCCGAGAAUUGCCCACUAUGCCAAUCAGAGACGGACUUUAAGUGCGCCAAUAACAGAUGCAUUCCCAAGCAAUGGAUGUGUGACUUUGCUGACGAUUGCGGCGAUGGGAGUGACGAAACGGAGCAACAGUGCAAAGGAAAGUACAGAGAUUGUUCAGAAUCGGAAUUCCGGUGCACAAAUGGCAAAUGCAUCUCAACACGUUGGCGAUGUGAUCACGAAGACGAUUGCGGUGAUUCGAGUGAUGAGCUCAACUGUGAGGGCUUCCAGUGCAAGAAUGGGACAUUCCAAUGCGCAUCUGGACAUUGCAUUGCCGCCUACUUCCGGUGCGAUGGUGACCGAGAUUGUAGAGAUAUGUCCGAUGAGGCAGAUUGUCCACCACGAUUCCCCGGGGGACGGUACUGCCCCGAAUCGAGACAUCAAUGCGACAACAAUCUCUGUGUUUCACCAUCCGAUUUGUGCGAUGGCACCGAUGAUUGUGGUGAUAAUUCCGACGAAGCACCAGCUGUAUGCUCCAACUUCAAUUGCGACACACUGAGACGCUUCCAGUGUGCAAACCAUCGAUGCGUGGCACGGUAUCAGAUAUGCGAUGGUGUUGACAAUUGCGGCGAUGGAUCAGAUGAGAAUAACAUGACCCUCUGUGCCACACGCCAGAAGCCAUGUGAUCUGUAUCGGCAGUACCAGUGUGCCAAUCGUAAAUGCAUCGAGAGGCAUCAGGUGUGUGACUAUGCGGAUGAUUGUGGCGAUGGAAGCGACGAGCUGGGAUGUCAUCGCCAAAAUACAUGCUCAGAUCUCACGCGAGGUGGAUGUGAGCAUCACUGUCUAAAUAUCACUGAUGGUGGGUACAUCUGUGCCUGCUAUCCGGGCUACAUUAUUAUGUCUGAGAAUCGAAAGCAGUGCAGCGAUGUUGAUGAAUGUGCCACAGGAAUACACACAUGCUCUCACAUUUGCCACAAUCUCAAUGGAACCUACAGUUGUUCCUGCCACGCUGGAUUCCGCCUCUCCGAUGGAAUGUCCGGUGUGUGCAAGGCUGAGAAAGAGGAUGUGCUUCUUGUGUACUCAAACGGGCCUGAAAUACGAGGAUAUGACCUUCAGGCUAAGGAUCAAAUUGAUGUGGUAGCAGCAGAGAAACGUAUUGAAGCCAUUGACUACCACCCAACGGCACAAAUGAUCUUCUGGGCUGACAGCUAUGAUAAGACAAUAAAGAGGAGCUACAUGGUGAAUGCACAAAAUGGUCAGGUGAAGAUUGGCUAUGCGCAAGAUCUCAACAUGAAGGGUGGCUCGAAACCAACGUCAAUUGCCGUGGAUUGGCUGGCGGAUAAUCUCUACUGGACGGAAGUUGAUCGAACAAACACCAAGCCCCGCGGGAAGGUAAUGGUAGCGAAGACAGAUGGACGCUACAGAAGGGCUCUCAUCAAUGCUGGCCUCGAAAUUCCCACAUCGGUUGCCGUUGACCCCGAACGUGGACGUAUGUUCUGGGCUGAUGCGGGAUCUGCACCGAAAAUUGAAGUUUCCUGGAUGGAUGGCUCAAAGAGACGUCCCCUUAUCACUGAAGAAAUCCGCCAUCCUGCAGGAAUUGCCAUUGACUACGCCAUGGAUCAUACAUUAUACUGGGUGGAUACAAAGCUCAACACCAUUGAAUCUAUGCGACAAGAUGGAAGUCUUCGAAAAGUAAUUAUUCGUGGUGAAGCAUUGCGGCAUCCUGUCUCUCUUGAUGUUUUUGAAUCCAAUUUGUAUUGGGUGACAAAGGAGACGGGUGAACUUAUACGACAGGAUAAAUUUGGACGAGGUGUUCAAGUAGUGGUCCAGAGGAAUCUUCUCAAUCCAUCAGGAAUUAAAGUCUACCAUGAUAUGCGGUACAAUACUUCUCUGGAAAAUAAAUGCCAUUCAAGCCCAUGCUCACAUCUUUGUCUGCUCGUUCCUGGCGGUCAUCACUGUGCCUGCCCCGACAAUACAGCUCCAAUCUCUCAUCGAAGCACCGCUGAAGUCAUCUGUGACGCCGCUGCUGAACGUCCUCGGCCAUCCCCAAGGAUCUGCCCAUGUGAAAAUAGCGGGUUGUGUCGCGAAGAUGAGAAAGGCGAGCUUGAAUGUGAAUGCCUAUCGGAAUUCGGUGGGACACACUGUGAGAAACUACUUGGGCACUCACAUUCACACACACCCGGCAAUACAGCUGCCAUUGUGGUACCAAUCACAGUGAUACUGCUGGUUCUCUUGGCAGCUGGUGGUGUGUGGUAUGUGAUCAGGAAGCGUCCAUUUGGCAAGAUGGCACGCCUGAGUAAUCUCUCGUCAUCCCAGAGUGUCUCCUUCCGCCAUGGAACGAAUGUAGAGUUCAAUGCACCGGGUUUCCCACCCAAUGGACCAACUCCAGCACCAAAUGUUGCACCUCUCGAUGGGUACAAUCUCGAGACGGUGACGACGAAAUCGAGGGAUUUCAGCAAUCCCAUGUACGAUGCCGUUCAAUCGGGCACUACAACGGAGCCCAAUAUGGAGAAUGGCUCAGGGAUUUACGAGGUGCCUGGGAAUCCCAAACCCAAAGCUGAUGGAGGUCACUUCACAGAGCCAGUUUCGGCGAUUUUAGCACCCAGCAGCAUCACCCAUCGGACGUCUCCGCAGCUACAGCUGCGUCCGCGUGAGCUUGACCCAUCGGCGGAUACGGGCAAGGAUACGCAACAACUGGUGGAGGAGGACAAGUCUGACUGCUGAUACAUGUGACAUCUCCCCCCGAUUGUCCUCAAUUGUAGGCAUCUCUGACGUAGCAGCAGUGUGCAGGGAAUGCCGGGAGGAAUUUCGCGCGUGAAUGUGUGUGCGUGUGGAGCUAAGCUCAAAUUCACGAAGAGUGUGUCCUUCUCUUCGUGCACUUGCAAUACGAUUCCCAUGAAAUUUCUGUAUUUUAUUUUAACUGUAUUUUACUUGAACAUUCCUUCCCGGAUGAGUAUUUUUGACCCUCAAUUUGAUUUAUAAUUUUAUUUUUUUUGUUGUCUGUAUUACUAUUUUAUUUUAUUUUGUGUAUAGGCUGAGAUGUGAAAGAUUUCUAUUUUUAUUGUAUUUGCGUAUAUAAUGCAUAUUUUUUUUUUGAAAUAAAUAUUAUGAUGAAUUUUGAUUUAAAUUCACAAGAAAGUUCACUCACACACAUGUUAGAUGACGAUAUCGUGAAAUGAUAAGAAAAAGGGUUUUAAUGUGAAAUUUUUUCACACAGAAAAUAAUGCUUAGACUUAGGGAAAACAAUUUUAAAAAAAAUAAAAUGUAUAGGAAGAAAGAAUGUGGAGUAAGAGGAAAAUAAAAGUGCAGGCGAAAGGUGACAAAAGGACCUUUUAGAAUCUACAUAUGUGUCAAUAGGCGAUUUAUAUAUUUUUAUACUUGACGGUUUUGGUGACAAAUAAUGUAGGAGGAAGUUUUUUUCUGUGAAGAAAAUAUGAUAUCAUCCUAAAUGAAAUUUAUAAAAGAUUGAGUGAGAAAAAAAAAACAUUCCGUUAAAAACUCUUUGAGAGUUUAGAAAAACAAAACAUUCCAUUUGAAUAAAAAGAGAAAUAAAAAAGAAAAGAAUAUAUUGUUGUUUUUAAAGAAAAAAAAGUAUUUGAAGAAGUAAAUGCAAAAUGUUCCAGUAUAGAGAGAGAAAAGAAAUAUAUUAAUUUAACUAAUAAAAGAAAGGAAAUCUUGUAAAUAGUGUUAAGGAUGAGGAAAAUCUUUAUCAAUAUAUAUUGUAUAAGAAUGAAGAGAUUGAGAGAAAAAAACAGUUAAAAAUGGAAUUCAAUUCAAUUUAUCUAUAUUGUAAGAGAGGGUGGUGACAAAAAAAAAAGAAUUUUCUUUAAUUUCCGCAUGGAACGGAAAAUUUUUAUAUUUUCUGUAGAGAUGUUUUUUUUUAAUGAUGAAUUAAUGUAAAUUUGUUUUUAUUUUCUUGUUUUAGUGCAAGCGUACGACAAUAUUUAAAAGUAAAAAAAAAGAAACUAAGAAAAAAAAUAUAUAAACGCAAAAUCAGCGAUUGAAACAAAAAUUUGUUGAAGAUGGUUUUAGUGUUAAGGAAGAGAAAAGAGCAAUACCCACUUCUAACUACAUGCAAUUCACACACAGAUAUCAUUCAAUUAAUAACCGUCCAACUGCGAUAAAUAAAAAUAAAUUAAUAAAUAGGCAAAAAUAA